GUUCUUUCUUCCCUGCCACGUCGGACUGACCGGCUAACGCCAGCUGCCCUCAACCAUGAAGCUGCUGAGAGUCCUUGUGCUGAUUGCCCUCCCCCUUUACUGCUUUGCUGGUUCUGGAUGCCCAUUUCUAGAGGAAGUGGUUAACAAAACAAUCAGUCCUGAAGUGAGCAUUAGUGAAUACCAAAAUUUUCUUCAGGAUUUUGCUCAGACUCCUGAGGAAAAUGAGGCCUUGGCUGAGGCGAAGCAAUGUCAUCUCAACCAGUCAAACGAAACUCUGCACAACUAUGCACAGAUGAUGCAAAUAAUGUAUUCCAGUCAUUGGUGUGCCAGUUUUUAACUUUCCCCGAGACCGGAGACCCCGAGGACUACAGAGAAUGGUCAGCAACUGACAGCCAGUGAAUAUAAACCACGACUUUUCUUCCUUCUUUCUCUUUUCAUCUAUAAACUGCAAGACAACUGUUGAAACCUCAAAUACAUUUUCAUUUCAAUAAAGCAUCUGCAAAUGGAAAAUUCUUUUCA